AUGUUGUUAACCAUCCGCCAAGCAUUGUCUCACGCCAACGAGGAGUACACCGAAGCCUACAACGCUGGGCCGUACACCUCGUACAAACAGAUCCAGCUCCUUCUGAAGAUCGCUAGUAAGUCCAUCGGAGAUCUUAUCGCAGACCCGAAGGGCACGUUCGAUGAUCUAACCUAUGACACUAUUCUAGAUGUCUGUGAGACGGGGGGUCCUGAUGUCGAGGCUACUUGGGAUGGUGACGCGGGACGUUGCACUGCUACGUCGCUGAGGGUCGCUGAACGCCUAGUUCUCAAGUAUCCAGGAGGAAACUACGACUUUGUGAUCUUCCACACACCUCGUGGUAAGGGUGGCCACCGCUUUGCACGCUGUUCCUUCACAGGAAUCGUCAUCGAUCUGGUGUCCAACAUCGGCGCCUUCGUCUUACCAGACGACGAAACCGUGACUAUCACCACCACUGGAACGGUGUCAUGGAGACAUGAUAAAGGUAAGAUCUACCUCACCGACGAGGAUGACAACGAGCAGCAAUGCGAAGAGGUGUUUAACGCUCAGGCCCAGGCCCUCUGCCUCUACGAGGUCUCUCGUAGUGCUCAGCUUGUGGUGCUCUUCCGAGAGCUCGACCCACAUCUUGUUAACCAGAACAUUUCUGGCAACAAUUACAAGCAUGCCAUGUUUGCUUACGGGAUCAUCAAGUGGUGCCUUAAGCCUGACAGAGUUGAGAACGAUGCCACAGUUGCCGGCAUCAAAGAACUACACCUCAGGCCAGAUAUAGACAGGCCAGAAGAGAUGACAAUAAUCGUCUGGGGCCAGAGUCACACCGCUCAGGAUAAGCAAGAAGCCGCCAACGAAGUUAAACGCUUUCUGGAAAAACACGCUGGACCCUUUGCCAACAAACAGUGGGAAGCUGAUGAUGUUAGCGACUUCUUUGGGAGCAUAUGGUGGGAGCUUUGCCUCACCUAUGGAAACCCAAGGGUCACCAAGCUGGCCGCAACUGACUAG